GCCGCCCGAGCGCUGGCAGGUCUUAUAAUCAAUGGAUAAAGUGGGGAAAAUGUGGAAUAACUUCAAAUACAGGUGUCAGAAUCUCUUCAGUCAUGAGGGAGGAGGCCGUGGUGAAAAUGUGGACAUGAACUCCAACAGAUGUUUGUCUGUGAAAGAGAAAAACCUCAAUAUAGGAGACUCAGCGCCUCAGCAGCAAAGCAGCCCCUUAAGAGAAAGCGUUGCCUUACAACUGGGGUUAAGCCCUGCAAAGAACCCUUCCAGGAGAAACCCGAACUGCGCCACGGAGAUCCCUCAGAUUGUUGAGAUAAGCAUCGAAAAGGAUACUGACUCGUGCAUCGCCGCGGGCGCCAGGCUCGCCAGGAGGGACUCCUACUCUCGGCACGCCCCGUGGGGCGGGAAGAAGAAGCACUCCUGCUCCACCAAGGCGCAGAGCUCCCUGGACGCCGACAGGACGCUGGGCAGGGCCCGGCAGGCCAAGCCUCUCUUCUCCAAUAAAAGGAAAAUACACCUUUCCGAGCUGAUGCUUGAGAAAUGCCCGUUUCCUGCGGGCUCGGAUUUAGCCCAAAAAUGGCAUUUGAUUAAGCAGCAUACAGCCCCCGUGAGCCCACACUCGACGUUUUUUGAUACUUUUGACCCGUCCCUGGUUUCCACGGAGGACGAAGAGGACCGGCUGAGAGAGAGGCGGCGGCUGAGCAUCGAGGAAGGGGUGGACCCCCCGCCCAACGCGCAGAUCCACACCUUCGAGGCCACGGCACAGGUGAACCCGUUAUACAAGCUGGGACCAAAGUUAGCUCCCGGAAUGACCGAGAUGAGCGGGGACAGCGCCGGCCCACAGGCCGGCUGCGACUCCGAGGAGGACGCGACCACGCUGUGCUUGCAGUCGCGGAGGCCGAAGCAGCGCCAGGCGUCUGGGGACAGCCACGCCCACGUCAGCAGGCAGGGCGCCUGGAAGGUGCACACGCAGAUCGACUACAUUCACUGCCUCGUGCCCGACUUGCUUCAGAUCACGGGCAACCCCUGCUACUGGGGCGUGAUGGACCGCUACGAGGCCGAGGCGCUCCUGGAGGGGAAGCCCGAGGGCACGUUCCUGCUGCGGGACUCGGCGCAGGAGGACUACCUCUUCUCGGUCAGCUUCCGCCGCUACAACCGCUCCCUGCACGCGCGCAUCGAGCAGUGGAAUCACAACUUCAGUUUCGACGCGCACGACCCGUGUGUGUUUCACUCCUCCACGGUCACCGGACUUCUGGAGCAUUAUAAAGACCCCAGCUCUUGCAUGUUCUUUGAACCGUUGCUUACUAUCUCCCUAAAUAGGACUUUCCCCUUCAGCUUGCAGUAUAUCUGCCGUGCAGUGAUCUGCAGGUGCACCACGUACGACGGAAUUGAUGGGCUCCCUUUGCCGUCAAUGUUACAGGAUUUUCUAAAAGAGUAUCAUUAUAAACAAAAAGUGAGGGUUCGCUGGUUAGAACGAGAACCGGUCAAGGCAAAGUAAACGCUCCUGUGCUAGAUCUGCUUUUAUGUGCGUCAGACAGUACACCUAUAGCAAGCACACGUGUCAGUGUUAGGUUUCUUCAGUACAGUGUGUCAGCUUAGUGUUAGCACCUGUCAGGUGCGAUCUGCUGUUACCUACUCAGAAAACACGGUGUCUAUUGAGACAACAGAGGAUAGAACUACAGGUGUUCAGUAAUGCCACAAAAACAUUUUGCCGAUUAGCUGUUUGGUUUUUAAUGGCUGUAGUAAUUGAGAGAGGCAAUUCUGGGGCAUUUGCUAUGAAGAAUUCUAUUUCUUACUGAAGAACAAAUUGUUAAUAUUGGACGAUUAUUUCAACAGUGUGACUAAUGUUUGAAAUUAUUGUUUUUUUCUAAAAAAUUUUCUAUAACCUUCCAAAAGUAGUGAUGUUUGUAGUUACUAUAAAUCAAGCUUUGGAAGUCCAAAAAAUAAAGACUGCCUUCCUUUUAAACAAAUAAAUUAAAUGCAAUUUUCUGGCCACAAGGGCAUAGUGCAGUUCACUUAAGUGUUGACAUAGUUUAUAGUCAGUCUCCUUUUCUCUUCUGCAAAAGGUACUGUUAAGUAAACCAGUUUUUCUAAAUAGUAGUUCUUAAAAUUUCAGACUUAUAAAGUUGGUAGGAGAAUUUUAUUUAAAGGCCUUAGGUGUUAUUUUUUUAAUGAAUGCUUUAAUUUAAAACACAUUGGGAAUAGCUGCUGCAGUGUAGUCUGUGUGUGAUAUUUUGAAGUUGACAUGUGCAGUCUAUUUGUUGAUUUAUUAAUGUUGGAUCUUUUCCUAUGCCCGUGACAAGUUUGUGAACCAUGAAGAAAAUGAGACUAGAAGAGGCCCAAACAAGUCAGAAAUAGUAACUACAGUGGUUGCUGAUGUUGAGAUUAUUGUUAAAUUGUAAUCAUUUGGAUGGCAGUAUUUAUCUCUUUGUUGUAAACACUCAUAGCUGAAUUGCUUAAGUACAAUUUAUAGAAUUUCAGUGCAGUUAAUUUUUAAUGGAAAAUCUGAAGCCUAAAUUGCAGAUUUAAAAGGUACUGUACAACCAUUAUAUCUGUAAAUAACUUUACUUAGCACCUUUUUGUCACUUAGAAUAGUAUGCAAUACUACUUGAGUGAGCUAUUUUGGAAGUAGUGUUUGCUUCUUAGUAUUGAACUGAAUUUACAGUUCUGUCCUAGACAUUUUGCACUAAAGUAGUCAAAUUCAUUCUUGUGUCUUUUUGUUAAUGUGCUCUGUACCACUGGUGAGUGCUCCUUAGUUUCCUUACCUGCUGCUACAGAAAGUUACUUUAUAUCCUGAUGGCUGUUGCCAAGGCUACAACAAAGAAAAGCUAUAUUUGUAUGCAACACUAACCCUUGGACUGCUAAUGUACGUUUCUGCUUGCUGUGCCUUGUUAUGGCUGCUUUUUUGUGCUAAUAAAGUAUGUUUGGUGUUCUCCUUGUAUAUCUGCUGUUUUAUACAUUUGCAACAAUUUCUCUUGUAAAUGGAAUGGUUUUGGGGUUUUAAUAUAAGCUUUACCUGACAACCUACUAUAGUCAAUGCAGAGUUACUGUACAGUCUAAUAUUGACUUAUUCUGAGUAAGCUAACUCUAAAUUUAAUGCUGUACAUCUUUCCAAUCAUAAUCACAUAUACUGUGGAACAGUAUCUAUAGAUACUGCAAAUUACUGUAUAGUUUAGGUUAUAACAGAAAAUGAACAGAGAAAUACUGACUAACCCUAUUGAUUUCUCUGCUUAUAAGUGAAAAGUUGAAAUUAUCAAUGACAUGUCGUAGUAAAUGAGCAUCAUACUGCACCAGAAACAGGUUAAAUGAAGUCUUGUGAACUAAUACAUCAGCGCCAUUGAUUGGUUUGGGGACCAUUUUAAUUAACAAAUGCCCAAAAUGUAGACUUUAACCAAAGAUUUGUCCAUUUUAAAGCAAAAUGGGGAUUAAAGGGACUCAUAAUUCCUGUUAUUUCUAAUAGAAGUCCCUGAAGAACAUAUACCAAAGUGUUUGAGAACUUCAUCCAAACCUACUUUAAAGCAUAUGUGCAAUUAAGUUGUUAUGACAUAAUGGUAUUGCAUAAUUGUUGGGUUCGUUUUCUUGAGCUUAUCAUGUACCUGGAAAAUAAACCUCUUGGAAAUAAAAAGUUCAUACUGCUUUUUGGAGACAGACUAUAUAUGCAAGCAAGAUCUUGUUUUAAAGAGGUAACUUGAAACUCCAAGAAAGCACUUGAUGUUUUAUAUGCUUGUAGCAAAUUGAUGUUCUAAUUGUAGUUUUAUAGAAAGUAUUAAUGCUUUUAUGUAUUUCAGAACUUUAUAUGUUAAAUGGAAAUUGUUUUAAAUGUGUAAAUAUUUGAGUUUAUGUAAGCAUGUAUACACUGUGCUAAAAGUCACAUGUUUCAGUUUGUGUGUAAUAUUAAUAUGCAACUUUUGGUUUAAAAUUUUUUCUCAAAAAAUUAGUGGCUUACAUUUUAAAAAAGAAAAAUCACCAGCAUGAAAUCAUAUCUAAGUCUAUAUUGAUUGUGUCUUUUUCUGAAUCCCGUUGUAGUCUGUCAACUAAAUUUGUUAACAUGGUC